AUGAUAAUGAUGGUAAUAAUGUUGAUGAUGAUGGUAGGAUCGAUGCAUUUUCAUAUCACGAUUGAUGCAUCGCAAUUUCCGGAUGACUUUGAUUCAUUUCUCGAAAUGUUAUUUGAACAUACAGAAUGUGAAGAUUUUCUCUCAGAUGAUAAAUGGUCUGCAGUUGGUUUACGUGACUGCAAACCAUACUUAUGCAAUUUUCCACGUGAACUUUGCAGACGACCUGCUGCAAAAUAUCAAGAUGAGACGAGCAAUAGAUGCUCUAGAAUACCUGAAAAUUGUUUAACCGCAGCUAAUGGUGGAACACCGUUAAAAACUGAUGCUAAUUCUAUUACCGAUAAUGGAAUUACAAAUUCAAAUAUCGAAGAUUUGGAAUCAACAACAGUUACAUUCUCACUGACAAGCCAUAGCAAUGAAAUUUCCACUGAGGCACCAUCAUCCAUUCCUACCGAGAAAAUAACGACGAAAUCAAUUGAUAACUCGGUAGAUAUAUGUAAUUUGGAUCAACCACAAGGAAGAUUUUGCGGAUUUGUAAUUAAAGUAGCUUAUAACAGAAAUAAUCAACGAUGUGAACAAUUUUGGUUUCCCGGUUGUCGCACAAUUCAAACAAACCAAAAUUUAUUUGAUUCGGUAAAAGAAUGUAUUGAAAAGACUACUGUGUGCAAAGGUACAGGAUCCUUCGUACCAUUCUUCACAACUCGUCAUCCGGCAAUACCAGGUUCCGUAGAAACAUCACCACCAUCACCAAUACCAUUGGUGGCACCAUUUUUGGCUACUACUACUACUGUACCUCCAGCUGUAGUAUCAAGUAUUAUUGAUAUUACUACAUCUGUGAAAUCUAGAAUGGCACCAACAGCCCGACCACCACGACUACCAUCAUGGAUUGAUGAAAUUUCGGGCGAAGUAGAAAAUCAGCAUGUUCAAAUUGUUGAUCCAAAACCUUUAUUAAAACAACCUCAACUAACGGCACAACCAUAUUGGAUGAGUAAUCCUACGGGUGCCAGAAUGAUACUUGGCUUAAUUUCUAGCGGCAUAUCACAAUUUACUGGUGGAGGAUCAGAAGAGGCAGGAGGUGAUGGUUUAUUCCAUCAGUUACCUCAAUUUCUUCGUUUACUACAAGGAGGAUAA